AAGUUGAACGGUUAAAAUCGGUCAAAAUUUGAAGGCUGUGAAAGUGAUCAGCAUUUCAACAUAAUAAUAGAUGUAGGAGCUGAUUUGAAUCGAAAACAUGUCUUAGAAAGAAUAGAACACCGUUUAUGAUGCAUUUUUACCCCAUUAUGAUGUCAUAAUGGGGUAAGAGCUGUGCAGAAGCUAUAUACCAUCAGCUCUGAUAGAGAACAGCUCAGGUUGCAGAGAAGAUAGAGAGAGAGUGAUUUGUCGUACACACCUGCUGGUCGUAAAUCCAAACACUUUGAAAUCUUUCAAAACUGUUAAAACCUAAAUUUUCUGAGAUGGAAUCUACACUUCAAAUCGGUGAAACCCUACACAGCAGCUCGUCUGCUUACUCCAUCCUGGACUUUAUCGGUGAAGGCUGCUUUGGCAAAGUGGCCAAGUGCCUGAAUAUCAACACUAAUGACACAGUGGCUAUUAAAAUUCUCAAGAAGGACUCUACUGCCAUCCUGGACGCAGAGAGAGAGCUCGCCAUGUUAGAUCUCAUCUCUGUACGUGAUCCAGACCACAUUAAUGUGGUGAAGUUCUUGGAGAGGUUUGAACAUUGGGGACUACCCUGUCUGGUAUUUGAGAUGCUGGAAACUGAUAUUCAAAGCCUGCUCAACUUCGGACCUCUGUCUGUGAAAGCCAUCCGGCCAAUGGCUCAGCAGUUGUUGGUUGCCCUGGACGCCCUGAAGGAUUUAGGUAUCCUGCACACGGACAUUAAACCAGACAACGUCAUGCUGGUCAGCGACUCCCCGCCCAUCAGGGUGAAGCUGAUUGACUUUGGUUUAGCCACUCCUGUCUCUGGACUGAAGCUUGGGCAGAUAUGUCAGCCAAUUGGAUACAGGGCUCCAGAAGUUUUCCUCGGCCUGCCCUUCAAUGAGGCUAUCGACGUGUGGGGACUGGGCUGUUUUCUGGCCUCCCUCUACCUUGGGGGCCAUCUUUUCCCCGGCCACUGUGAAUAUCAGAUGAUGAAGACUAUGAUUGAGUUUUUGGGCCAGCCAGCGGACUACUUGAUCGAUUCUGGAGGAUACACUCGCUAUUUUUUCACAACGGAUGAAGAAACUGACGUUCCAACAUGGAGGCUGAUGACCCCAAAGGAGUAUGAAAUAAAGAAUGGCAUCCCACCUCAGGAGUAUGAGAGCAUGCUGCCCAGCUCUCUGGACGCUCUGGCUCAUUUCCACCCAGUGGACGACCCUGCCGAGAUUGAGGACAGGUUAGCCUUUGCAGACCUUUUGAAAGGUCUGCUGCAUCUUGACGGAGCUUUGAGGAUCUCUCCCCGUCAAGCUCUGCAGCAUCCCUUCAUCACCAUGUCUCAUCUAGCCAAGCACUCUGACAGCUCAGACUAUCCAACCAUCGCCAGAGAGAUGAUGGCAAUACCCCCAGAACAAGACCAAGAGUCAGCUGCUGGAUCUGAGGAAGAUCUCAGAGCCCCCUGCAUCUGGGAGGAACAUACAGAAACCUCAGGAACAUCCGACCUUUCCGAUAAAGAGGCGAUACCUCCACACCACCAGACCAGGAGAGAGAUCAACUGUCCCAUCAUUGAUAAAGAUGAUGAAGACAUGUCUGAUGAAGAGGCGAUACCUCCACAGUACCAGACCAGGAGAGAGAUCAACUGUCCCAUCAUUGAUAAAGAUGAUGAAGACAUGUCUGAUGAAGAGGCGGUACCUCCACACUACCAGACCAGGAGAGAGAUCAACUGUCCGACCAUUGAUAAAGAUGAUGAAGAACUGUCUGAUGAAGAGGCGAUACCUCCACACUACCAGACCAGGAGAGAGAUCAACUGUCCCACCAUUGAUAAAGAUGAUGAAGAACUGUCUGAUGAAGAGGCGAUACCUCCACACUACCAGACCAGGAGAGAGAUCUACUCUCCUCCUAUUGAUAGAGAUGAUGAAGACCUGUCUGAUGAAGAGACAAUACCCCCACACCACCAGACCAGGAGAGAGAUUAACUCUCCCCCUAUUGAUAGAGAUGAUGAAGACCUAUCUGAUGAAGAGGCAAUACCUCCACACUACCAGACCAGGAGAGAGAUCUACUCUCCCCCCGUUGAUAAAUAUAAUGAAGACCUGUCUGAUGAAGAGACAAUACCCCCACACUACCAGACCAGGAGUGUGAUCAACUCUCCCCCUAUUGAUAGAGAUGAUGAAGACCUGUCUGAUGAAGAGACAAUACCUCCACACCACCAGACCAGGAGAGAGAUCUACUCUCCCCCUAUUGAUAGAGAUGAUGAAGACCUGUCUGAUGAAGAGACAAUACCUCCACACCACCAGACCAGGAGUGAGAUCAACUCUCCCCCUAUUGAUAGAGAUGAUGAAGACCUGUCUGAUGAAGAGACGAUACCUCCACACCACCAGACCAGGAGUGAGAUCAACUCUCCCCCUAUUGAUAAAGAUGAUGAAGACCUGUCUGAUGAAGAGACAAUACCUCCACACCACCAGACCAGGAGAGAGAUCAACUCUCCCCCUAUUGAUAGAGAUGAUGAAGACCUAUCUGAUGAAGAGACGAUACCUCCACACCACCAGACCAGGAGAGAGAUCUACUCUCCCCCUAUUGAUAGAGAUGAUGAAGACCUGUCUGAUGAAGAGACAAUACCUCCACACCACCAGACCAGGAGAGAGAUCUACUCUCCCCCUAUUGAUAGAGAUGAUGAAGACCUGUCUGAUGAAGAGACAAUACCUCCACACCACCAGACCAGGAGAGAGAUUAACUCUCCCCCCAUUGAUAAAGAUGAUGAAGACCUGUCUGAUGAAGAGACAAUACCUGCAUACUACCAGACCGGGAUUGACAUCAGCUCUCCCCCCAUUGAUAAAGAUGAUGAAGACCUGAAGGUUGAAGAGUCAAUCCCUCCAUACUACCAGACCGGGAGAGAUAUCAACUGUCCCCCUAUUGAUAAAGAUGAUAAAGACCUGUCUGAUGAAGAGGCGAUAUCCUUGUCCCAGACUGCUGUAGCUUCAACUAAAGUCUCCCCACAUGGAAUAUCAAUAUCUGGAUCAUGUGAAGAAGAAGAAAUACCAUCCUGGAUGUUCAAUGAGGAAGCUGUGGACCGGUUUCUAGAUGGAGCUGAACAAACAGACUCUGCCCCUCCUCCCUUGACCUCCUCCAGCCGCACAAACAAAAUGACGAAGAAGAUUCGCAAGUUCUUCCGGAGAGUCAAGAGGGCCUUCUGUUGUUGCGGUCGAGUGAAGGAUGAUUGAGUGUGUGCUAUUUGUGCUGACGUCAUUCUGUGGUGUCAACACAAUUCAGUACUUCUACUGUUUUAUGUCAAACUAAAAAUAUUGCAUUUUAAAAAAAGUUGAAAUAAAUUUGAACAAUUUGAA